AUGCCCAUCUGGAAAAUCUCCCACUCCUCCACCGUCUUCACCGACCCCUCCGAAAAAGCCUCCCUCGCCCGUGAAAUCACAGACUGGUACGUCAACACGGCGAAGCUGCCCGACUACUACGUCAACGUGACCUUCUACAAACUCCCCGUCGAGGACUUCUACACCGCCGGAACCAGCAAUGCCGACAAAGUGCUCAUCGAAAUCAUCCACAUUGCACGCCAUCAGGAUCCGAACAACAAGGCUCGAUCGAAGGGUAUGAUGGACACGUUUGAUGGGAUUCUGAGGCCGUACACGUUGGAUCGAGGAUUGAAGUUGGAGUAUAAUAUUAUUGAUGCGCCGGCUUGGUUGUGGAGGAUUAAUGGGAUCGAUCCGCCGGAGAGUUUUGGGGAGGGGGAGGAGGAGAAGGCGGAGAUUAGUCGGAAGCGGUUGGCGGAGCUUGAGUUGGGGGUGGGGGGUAAGUAG